AUCUUUGGACAAUUUUCAGCGAAGCAGACUAUCUUAAUGGUCUUCAAAAUGACUUUUACAGGUUUUUAUUACACCUUGCUGAUAAAACCGGAGGUGUUAUUGUGACUAAUGAUAACUUCAGAGAAUUUGUGACAGAAUCACUUGCCUGGAGAGAAAUUAUUCAAAAAAGGUUGCUCCAGUACACAUUUGCUGGUGACAUAUUUAUGGUUCCUGAUGAUCCUUUGGGAAGAAAUGGACCUAGAUUAGAUGACUUUCUUCGAAGUGAAGGCUAUUCUAGAGAUUUUUGGUCAGGACAAAAGGCUUCACAGAGCAGUGGACAGUAUUCUUCUGAGACACCUUUCGUCAUGCCAGUCCCCAAACCAAGCAGUAACAGUCAACAGCCUAAAAACAGAGUCCAUGGUGAUCGUUCAUCAACAUGGUUUCCGCUGGAAACGAACAUACAGGCUUGUCUAGCGUCUCCACCACAGAGAUCUGCCUCAGAAACAGUACAGCUGAGAGAAGCCCUGACUAAAAUUUUUCCUGAUUAUGAGCAGAGACAGAAAAUUGAUCAAAUACUAGCUCAUCAUCCAUUCAUGAGAGAUCUUAAUGCACUGUCUGCCAUGGUGCUUGACUGAAUAUUAUACUAAGGUUUUAUAUCGGAACUGAUCUGACUAACUUUGUAUAUCAAUGUGAAGAAAAAUGUUGCUCUGUUAUAUUACUUUGUGAAUAUUCAGAACUUAAUUUUAUUUGUAUAAACAAAGAUAUUUUUGUGUAUGUUCUGUUGCUAAUAGAUGCCAGUUUUUGGUAAAUUAAAAACUGCUGCUACUACA